AUGAAUACGGAUCGAAUUGGAGCAGUGGCUUAUCGCUUAGCACUUCUGGACCAUUUAGAUCGUGUCCAUAAUAUGUUCCAUAGUUCUAUGUUGCGGAAAUUUCUUCGCGAUGAGGAUUGUUAUCAGCAUAUUGACAUUGGUAAGAUUGAGUUGCAGCCGGAUGCAACUUAUGUGGAACCACCCUAUCGUAUUGUCGACCGUAUCAAUCAAAUUCUUCGUAAUAAGGUCAUUCCUUUAGUACGUAUCCAGGGGAGUCAUCACAAUGAGGCUGAAUCUACUUGGGAACGGGAGGACAUCAUUCGCUCAACCUUUCCAGACAUCAUGGAUGAAGGAAUACCUAUUUAUUGA